UCCAGACAGGAUCAGCUCCAAUGGGAAGAGCAAUGGGGGGGGGAUGGGCUCUGCUGAUGCUGCUGGCGCCAGGUUCCCUCCUCUCCCUCCGUUGCCCUCUCUGUGACCCCGGAGGCUGCCGGGAGAUUUCCUGCCCCUCCCCCACCUCCGUCUGCCGCCGGACGACCCUGACCACGUGGCGAGACGGGCGUGAACUGCGGCGGGAGGAAGGCGGAUGUGACGUCAUCGCCGCCCCCGACGUCGUCAUCACCUUCCGCUCCCACGGAGAGGUCGUGACCCUGCGCGAGGAGAGGAGCCCCGCCCACCUGCCUGAGUCACCCCUGGCCCCUCCCCCCCCGGUGCUCGGGCGCCCCCUGCUGUGUGUCACGUGUGACGCCUCCGACGGCUCCUGCGAGCGCCCCCUGCAGGAGCUGAGCUGCCCCCGCCCCCAGGACGCAUGCGUGGAGAUCAAGGGGGAGGGGCUUCUCCGUGGCUGUGGUCACGUGGGUUCAUGCCAGGAGCCAAUAGCGUUGGAGACGGGAGGGGGCCGAGAGGUGGCGCUAAGGUGCUGCUAUGGAGACCUGUGUGAGCCUGAGCCGGACCCGCCCCCAUCGGGGCUGCGCUGUUGGGCCUGUGAUGGCCCCGAGCCCGAUGGCUGCGACCCCCAAGUGCUGACCUGUGGGGGGGGGCGGACCCAGUGCGUCACGGCCCGGACCUAUGGCCCUAUGGGUCAGCCCUGGUUGGUUCUGGGCUGUGCGACCCCCUCCUGGUGCCGUCACCCCCUGGGCCUGGGGGGGCUCCGGGGGGGGUCCCUGCCCCAUUGCUGUGGGGGGUCCCUGUGCAACAGCCCCCCCUGGAGGAGGAGCCCCCCCGAGUCCUCCAGCGCCCCCCUGCCCCAUAGCGGCCUCGUUGUGGGGCUGCUGCUCCUGGCCCCACAGCUGUGA